AUGGCUCGCUCCCAAACCCUAGCUCAUGAUCCACCACUCUCUUACUCGUCGCUGUUCCCAAUUAGCUUUCCUCUUUCGAUUUUAUCCGAUUCUGUGAGUCCUGCAUCGACCAUGUCUCCGAAAUCCUCUUCAUCAGAUCGAUAUAGUGUUUUGAUCACACUUUCUGAUCAAUCAGCAGCAGAUGGAUUCCACAAGAAUCUCAAUGGGAAGAAAUAUGCACCAUCUGAGGCUGAGGUUUGCCAUAUUCUAUCGGUGGAACUUACGGAAUUUGAUGAGCUUGCUGUUUCCACACCUGCUGGAUUUACCGAGUUUAUUUUGAUGAGCUUGUUGCUUCCACACCUGGCACAUGUCUUACCACAUGCUCAUUUAUUUAUGUGUCAACAACAAGAUGAGAUAUUAAGCUGUUCUAUUUGUGGAAAAACAGAGAAUGUAUGGGGCAUGCCUUGUCUGUGGCUUCUUAGAUACAAGGGAGGGCAUUCUAUCAGGCAUUGGAAAGAAACACAUCACUGCUAUUCUCUUGAUUUGAGAACACCCGUUGUUUCUCACACGAAGGAGACUGUGGCCUCUGUGAAUGGAGUGAGGAUACGGGAUUUAGCGGAGCCAUCUUCAACAGCAAAGUUGAUUCAUCUGCUAGGGACACAGCGACAGGCAAGUGGUUCUUCUGGUUUGGUCGAGGCUGAGAUCGUCGACGGAGAUGGUGGUGUUGCUGUGAUCAUCGCCGGAGAAGAAGGUAGUAACGAUUAUGGUGAUGUGACCGUUGUGGAUAAAAUGAAACAGCACGAGCUUUGA